GCGGCGGAAGUGACGCCAGAGUCGUCAUGGCAACCGCCGCGCGGGGUGGCGCGAGAGUCCCGCGCAGGGACCUGGAGGGAACGUGGCGAGGACACGGACGGGACGGGGCCGGCCCCGCGGGGGCGGCCGGGACAGCGAGACAUGGGGAUGGACCCCUGGGCUCCACGGAACCCAUGCUGGGGAGGGGACACCGUCACCGACCCCAGAGCGGACAGCGCUAACCCGGGGGGACACCAACCCCAAGCCCCCGGGCUCCCCAGAGGCCGGAGAGGUCCAAAGAGGAGCCCCGGGACAGAUCUUCCCGACCUCGGGAGGGACCCUCCAGAGCCCUCGGGGGUCCGGCCACUCCCUCCCCGCCCCACACUCUCUGAGAGCUUCUCGGAGAGUACGAGGCCGGGGAGGUUGGGGAGUGCUGAGCUCCCCCAUGUGCCCCCCCGAAGCCCCCCGAACCCUCUUCCUGCGGGGGUGGAGCUGUGAGGCAGGAAGGGCGCUGGGGAGCAGCCGUGUUUUGUUUUAAGGAGUUUUGGGGUUUUGGUCCCCCACCCCCGCAGCCUGCGGCUCCUCUAUAAAAGGUGUCAGGACGCAGUCACCCACUGUCCAUCUCCUGCUGUCACCGACUCAGUGGGCUCACCAUGGCUGCCACCCUCCUCCUGCUGCUGCUGCUGCUGCUGGGAGCAGCACAGGCCGCGGCCCCCCCGCCCUGCCAGGGUGACCCAGUGUCCUGGUGCUGGGACAUGGCCAUGGCCACACACUGCGGAUGGGAGCAGCAGUGCCGGCACCUCUGGGACAGCCUGGCCCUGGGAAAUGCGGCUGAUGGGGAGAGCGUGGCGCAGGGCAGGGGGAUUAAGUGCAGCAAGUGCACCAAGAUCCUGAAGAAGAUAAAGGCGCUGGCAGGUGACGACCCCGAUGAGGAGGCGGUGGCAGCAGCACUGCAGAAGGGCUGCCGGGUGCUGGGCCGAGCCAUGGGCAAGCUGUGCCAGCGGCUCGUGAAAAAGUACCAGGACCAGAUCACCGAGGCGCUGCAGAACGGAGACAUGCCCCAGGACAUCUGCACUGCCAUGGGCUUCUGCCGGUCCUGAGCACAGUCAGUGCCCAGCUCUGUCCUGAUCCUACAUCCCGUGGGCUGAUCUUCCACCCACAUCCUGCAUCCUGAUCCCAUACCCCGUGUCCUGCACCCCACAUCCCGAUCCUACAUCCUGCACCAUGUCCUGCACCCUGCAUUGCAAUCCCAACCCCCUGUCCUGCACUGUCCUGCACCCUACAACCUGAUCCUGAGCCUACAUCCUGCACCCAUAUCCUGACCCUGCACCAAAUGUCCUGCACCCCAUGUCCCAGUCCUGCACUGUGUCCUGAACCCUGCAUCCUGCACCCUGCAUCCUGAUCCCAUAUCCCUUCUCUGUGUCCUACACUUUGCACCCCACAUCCUGCACCCCACACCUGCCGGGGGGGUGGGAGUGUGCUUGGGAUUUCUGAACUGCCCCUGCUGCAGCUCUGUAGGGUGGGGGUGAGCCAGGUCACCCCAAAGUGCAUUGUGGAGCAGGGGGAAGGCUAAAGAAGCUGCUUCUGCUGGCCCCAACUCACCCCACACUCUUUGCUUUCUCCACAGACACAGCCCUGAGUGCUUCCCAAACCCCUACGCCCUGCAGCCCAGCCAUCCCCCUCCCCCACAAUAAAAUCACUCCUCUGGC